AUCAAAGUACUCUAAUAAAUUACGCAAAGCUCCCGUCUCCAGAAAAUUCGGGCACGAGUAGCAAACUUCGAAACCCAGGCGCACCACACCGCACCGCACCACACCACACCACACCACACCACCUUCCCAUUCCCACCGCCGCAAAAACCAGCGCCAUCGCCGGAAAAUCAGAGUGAAAGAAUGUUCAAGAAGGCCGUAGAGGCGAAGUCAUUGCAGAGGUUAUCAGGCGCUGACAAGAAGAAGUUGCGAAGAAGCGUCAAAGAGAAGUUCUCCCGAGCCUCUGAUACUGAUGUCGACAUCCUUCUUCCUCCCAAGGGGGAGAUCACUGUUGCAAAAUUUCAAAAUCGGGUCCUUGUGUAUGGUGUUGAAGGUGGCUUCCCUAUGUUCUUUGACACUGAUGGACGAGGUUCGGAUAUAUACCCGACAGUUUAUGCUCUCUGGAAGGCCCCUGAGCUCCUGCCUGCUUUCUGGCUGAAGGGGGGAGAAGUCUCUCGAUUUAUAAUUGGAGGAGCAGAUUUGAUGUUCCCUGGUAUAUGUAUACCACCCGAAGGCUUUCCAUCAUUUGCUGCUGGGGAGCCGUGGGCAGUAAAGGUUCCUGGCAAUCCCUCUCCCAUUGCGGUUGGGGCAACUACUAUGAGUAGCUCUGAAGCACUGAAAGCUGGCCUACGUGGGAAGGCUUUAAGAAUAACUCACUAUUAUCGUGAUUAUCUAUGGGAAUCAGUUGAAGGUCGUCUUGUGCCAAAUGCUGGCUUUUAUGAAGAUGCGGUCUUCCCUGAUCCUUCUUCCUUGCCAUCCACGGCUUCUCAGCCAUCUGAUGGUGAUACUUCUGCUGAUAAAAAGAGCGACGAUGAAGAAGAAAUAGAUCCAGAUGCUGCGAAUAUUGUUUGCUCAGAACAGGGUCCUGCUUCAUCCUCUCAGUUGGAUGAUAAAAACGAUGUUUCUGAGCAAGUUGCCUCAGAGUUGGAUGGCUUAAAAGUAGUAGAGGAUAAUGAAGUGCAUACUGAGAACCAGCAGUCCUUGUCAACCGAAGAUGUGGAUUUGUUGCUGGAAAGGUGUCUAAUGCAAGCUUUGCAUACAACAGUGAAGGACAAGGAUCUUCCAAUGCCAGGAAGUACUCUAUGGGCAAAUUAUGUUUUACCGUGUAGACCAUCUGGCAUUACUCUUGAUAUCAAAAAGUCAUCUUUCAAAAAGUUGUCAAAAUGGUUGCAGUCUAAAGCGUCUGCCGGAUUGAUUUCAGUAAAAGAGGAUAAACAUAAAAAGGAAGUGGUACUGUUUUCAAUUAAUCGGACUCAUGCAGAUUACACUUCUUUCAAGCCUGAUAAAAGACAACCUGAUAAGAUUGAGGAAAAAAGUGACCAGGCUGCUGCUGACGCUCAAUCACCGAAAUUAUUGGAGAUAGAAGAGGUCUAUAAAUCAAGCAUUCAUGUCAACCCUAUACUUGCUGCUGUUGGGGCUGAUACUGGGGGAUAUUUCAGUGCAGCAGAGGCCACUAAUGUCGCAUUUGCAUACGCGGAGAAAGAGAAUCUCGUAAAGCCUACUAACAAAGCAAUGGUGACGUUAGAUGCUACAUUGUGUGAUGCUUUGUUCAAGGGAUCUAUUAAAAAAGGAACAGCUUACCCUACUGAAAUUCACAAGAAGGAUUUAGGAACGACAUUUGUGAAUCGAAUGCAAGCCCAUCACAAAGUGACCAGAGGUGGUGAAUCAGUGAUUAGGAAAGGUGCUGUCAAACCAAUUCACAUUAUGACAGAGAGACGGCAAGGGAACAAGAAAAUGACAAAGCUAUCUGGUUUUGAAAUUUUUCUGAUGGAUGCUGAUUCAUUGGCAUCAGAGCUGCAGAAAAAGUUUGCAUGCAGUACUACAGUGGCUGAAUUACCUGGUAAGAAAGGACACGAAGUUCUGGUUCAGGGUGGUGUGAUUGAAAAUCUCGCUAAACAUUUAAUUGAUCAAUAUGGUGUCCCGAAGAGAUACAUUGAAGUACUUGAUAAAACCAGGAGAUGAUUGAGUUCAGGAAGAUCUUCCUCGUACCGUGGACCUUUCGCUGGAGUUUGAACACGAGUCUCAUGUGUUGCCUUUUGUUGCACUUCAGGUUGGAGAGGGCAUGACCUGAAAAAGAAGCCUAGUUUCAAUAUGAAGGAAACUGUAUGAAUGUAGAUCAUCUUUUCACUACCAUUUGAUGAUAACUCAGAAACUUUUGUUUCAAACAAAUUUGACAAAAGUUGAGUUCUUUGGCAGCUGUGUAUAUUGAGCUUUUUCAAUCAGAAAAAGUUUCUUGUCAUGUGACCAUGAAUUUUUUUCUGUGAAAGGUUGUAAAACUCUGGUACUUGAAAGAAACUCAGAACUGAAUUAUUGAA